UGGUGAUGAAAGGCUAAAUGGGUCUUCUAUGAGGAACAGUGUGCAUUUUGACAGAGACCUUCCAGAAUUUGGGACUCAAGGUGGUGUUCAUGUGCAUGAGGACAGGCUGACCAUCACCUCUCCAGUCCUGAUGUGGGUCCAGGCGCUGGAUGUCAUCUUGGAGAAGAUGAAGGCUUCUGGCUUUGACUUCUCUCAAGUCCUAGCCUUGUCCGGGGCAGGCCAGCAACACGGAAGCAUAUAUUGGAAGACUGGGGCCAAUCUGGCACUGACAAGCCUGUCACCAGACCUCCCGCUAUACCAGCAGCUACAGACCUGUUUCUCCAUCAGUGACUGCCCAGUGUGGAUGGACUCCAGCACCACAAUCCAGUGCCGCCAACUGGAAGCUGCUGUGGGUGGGGCCCAGGCUCUCAGCUGCCUCACAGGGUCCCGUGCCUAUGAGCGUUUCACAGGAAACCAAAUUGCAAAGAUUCACCAGCAGAACCCCCAGGCCUACUCACACACGGAGAGAAUUUCUUUGGUCAGUAGCUUUGCUGCCUCCUUGUUCCUUGGCUGUUACUCCCCCAUUGACUACAGUGAUGGUUCUGGAAUGAAUUUGUUGCAGAUCCAGGACAAGGUCUGGUCCCAGCCUUGCCUUAGUGCCUGUGCCCCUCAUUUAGAGGAGAAGCUCGGCCCACUGGUCCCACCAUGCUCAGUUGUGGUAGGUCAGUCCCCUUUCUACAGAUCGUAUGGAUUUCCUCCUGGUUGCAAAGUGGUGGCCUUCACUGGGACAACCCCAGCAUCACUGGCAGGCAUGAGGCUGGAGGAAGGUGACAUUGCGGUGAGCCUGGGCACCAGUGACAUAUUCCUGUGGCUCCAGGAGCAACCUGCUCUGGAAGGCCACAUCUUUUGCAACCCAGUUGACCAGCAUUACAUGGCACUCCUGUGCUUUAAAAAUGGCUCCCUAAUGAGAGAGAAGAUCCGCGAUGUGUCUGCUUCCCGUUCCUGGAGUGAGUUCUCUAAGGCCCUGCGAUCCACAGAGAUGGGGAAUGGUGGAAACCUGGGCUUUUAUUUUGAUGUUAUGGAGAUUACCCCUGAGAUUAUUGGGCAUCAUAGAUUUAAUCCAGAAAGCCAUGAGGUCUCGGCAUUCCCCAGGGAUGUGGAGAUUCGAGCAUUGAUUGAAGGACAAUUCAUGGCCAAGAGGAUUCAUGCAGAAGGCCUUGGCUAUCGAGUCA